GCAGUCUCCAUAAAUACGGAGCAUCGAUAAAGAACAUCUAUCAGUUUCAAACAUCACAACUCGUAACAAACACACAACACAGUACAGUUCAAAAAUAAAUACAUAAAAUGGCCGUUAAGAUGAUCAUUUUUGCCGCCUGCGUGGCCACCGCACUUGCCCAAUACGCCGCCCCAGCAUAUCCAGCGAAACACGCUUACGCUCAAGCUGAACACGCGUACGCCCCAACUCCGUACAACUUCGAGUACAGCGUAAACGACCCACACACAUACGACGUGCACAGCCAAUCCGAGUACAGCGACGGCAACGGUUACGUCAAGGGAACUUACAGCCUUUUGGAAGCCGACGGUUCCACCCGCGUCGUCGAAUACACCGCCGAUGACCACAGCGGUUUCAACGCCGUUGUCAAGAACGAAGGUGGAUACAAAGCUCCAUCAUACUCCGCACCAGCCUACAAGCCAGCUUACUCCGCACCAGCUUACUCUGCGCCAGCAUACUCCGCACCUGCCUACAAGCCGGCAUACUAAUUUUCUUAAUUACAUCUUCCAACCUGUUUUUAAUUUUCUUCGUACUCCUUUCAAUUGUAUUGCGUUCACAUUGAACCAUGGUUACAAACUCAAACAUGACCAUAUUAAUAUGUAAAAAACUUAGUAUGACUAUUGUAUUUAUUGUGUAAAUAUAUGAAAACAAAUAUGUA